AUGCCCUCAUUUAAUGCUUCAACGUCAAACCAGGAACCUAUAGUGUGCUUCAAUUGCACCCUGCAAAUUCAAAUGACAGUUCAUAUAAAAUGUGCAGAAUGUACAUCCUCCGUAUGCAUUCCGUGUUUCCAAUUUGGAGCGGAAAGCACAAAGCACAAGCGUGGUCAUAAUUAUGAAGUAAUUGAUCCUAAUGUAACGGGAGCCGGAAAUCAAUUUGGAUGGGGUUACUACGAGGAAAGUCGGUUGCUCAAAACCGCUCACCAAUUCAAAAUGGGGAAUUGGGGAGAGAUUGUACAAUCGUUGGAUAAUUAUCGUGGAGCACAUGAAGCGCAAGAAUAUUUUGAUAAAGUUUUUGUGCGCGGUUGGAUGGGUCAAGUUGCUAUUAAAAACAGCGAGUGGGAUAAAAUUAAAUCAGAACUAAUGAAGAACGGAAGUAUAACGAAUGAACUGAAGUCUGGAAAAGCAGAUAUUGCAGAAAGACUAUUGUUCAUCCGUGACGCUAUUCUAGACGCUAAUUUUAAUAUUGAUGAGAACGAUCCAAGGUUCAUGUCGAAAAUCCAACAUUUACUUGAAGAUUACGUAAAGCGUUGUCAAAACAAGGAAAUCAAAUUGAAAUAUGAGAAAAACAAGACGAUUCCUGUUGAAAUCGAUACCGAGCUGAGCUUUGACGAAUGCGAUCCAGAUGAAGACUUUUAUAAGAAGGGUAAAAACGAGGACACUGAGCUUGAAAGUGAUGCAGACUGUACCCCCAGCCUAAAAAAGAAAAAAGCAGAAAAAUCAAAACAGAAGAAGACCAAACAAUUCUCUAGAAUUGAUCAUGAGAGCAGUAGUGAUAGCGAUGCUGACGUAAAUAAUGAUGAAUUUGGAUCUCCUAGAAUCCACGGAUUGGACCUGGAGGAUGAGGAAGAUGAGGAAUUUCAACAAUACGAGAGUGCCUGUGAAGAUAUCGAUGACGAGGAUGUCACCGAAACUGAGAGAAAACCGGUGAAAAGUCGAUCUACGAAAAGGAAAAAACGAAAGAGAUUGUGGAGAUCCAAAAAGCAAAGAAGGCUGACCGCGUAUAGGGGCAAAAUGACCAGAGAAAGUAGAAACCGCGCCAAGGAGCUUGAAAUGCUCAAUGAAAUCUGUUCGUUAGAGGAAAUUAAAGAUCUUCGAAAUCUGGAUCCCCAGCUCGUACUCACUACAAACACCUCUGUUACUGUUGAAAAAAGCCGAUUCAAACCGGAUGACUUGUCAAUGGUUGGAUACAACGUGGAUCGAGAAGAAUUUGAGCAUGAAUGGUUUAACGAUGCUGAGCAGCUUAUUAGCAGACUGAUCAUCACACCAGCAACUGCGGAAAAAGAUAAACUUUUGGAUAUUGAGAACGAUAUUAAAUUUGCGCGCCUUCAAAAUUACAUUCGAAUUUUGGGAAUCAGAAAAGCCAAAAGAAAUUGUAUUCUCGAACACGAUAAAAUUAACGAGUUUUUCGAUUUUUUGCGGCAAAUGACUAUUGAGAAAAAGAAAACGGCCUGCGAAAUAAUGAAUGAGCGAAGCAAUCUAGAGCAACUUCUCACAAGAUGUCAGCAAUUCCUAACUAAAGAAGAAUACAGAACUUUGACAGAGUGUUUGGAAAAGGCCGAUGGACUAAUGGAAAGAAUAACUCAACUUCAAGCACUACAAAAAAAUGGAGAAACUACUUUAAAAAAUGCACCAAACAUUCUUUUUUGUGUUAAAAAGUCGAAGAAAAAACGUAAAAUUGAUUUGGAGCGGACAAGACGGGCUGGUCAAGAAUGAUUUCAAAUAAUGGAUGAUGAAUUAGCUGAAAAAAAUGGUGACGUAGCAAGAAUUCGAGAAUUUCAUUCAAGAACGACAGCUCUGGAGACUCUUGAAGAUUUUACUUUACAUGGGAAAACUUUCGCCAUUACUGGAACCACUUCAGGAAUUGGGCGGGAAACAGCAAGAGCUUUAGCCUUAAAAGGAGCACAUGUGGUUAUGUUUAACCGAAAUAUUUUACUUUCCGACGAACUAAAAAAAUCAAUUACUGACGAAAAAUCAGAUGCAAAAAUUGAUCUAAUCACAUGUGAUUUGAAUUCGUUGCAAUCGGUGAAAGCAGCAGCUGAAGAGUUUCUUUCAAAGCACUGGCCUUUACACGGUCUAAUUUUAAAUGCUGGAGUUUUUGCCCCAAAUCAAAAACGAACUUUCGAUGAUUUCGAAGCUCAUUUUGGAAUCAAUCAUCUGUCUCACUUCUUGUUGGUCAAAGAACUCCUCCCUGCUCUGCGGCAAUCUGCGCCAUCAAGAAUUGUAUUUGUUUCCUCAAUUUCCAGUGGACAUACUGGGAUAAAAGAAAACAUGACCUUAGAAGAGAAGCUGACGAAAUUAUGCCCAUCAGAUCACAAUGAAUUUUCUUACAAGCUAUACGCUUAUUCAAAAAUGUGCAAUGUUCUUACGGCAUUCAAACUACAUCGAGAUGAAUACGUUGGCAACCACAUAAGUACCUAUGCGGUUCAUCCAGGGACGAUGAUUGGAACAGACAUUUCCCGGGGGUUUGGAUUACUUGGAAAAAUAUUCAAUGUAGUUUCUCGUCCAUUUACAAAGAAUCUCGAGCAAGGCGCAGCUACGUCAGUAUAUUGUGCCGCUCAUCCCGAAAUAGCGGAGAUCUCCGGAAAAUUCUGGGAAUCAUGUUGGGAUGAUGAGAAAUCGCUUGAUGCUGAUCUGGCCAGAGAUAUUCGACUACAAGACGCACUAUGGGAGCAUAGCGAAAAACUCAUCGAGGAUUGGAUGAAUUCGCAGAAACCGAUCUCGAUGAUUGCCGGAGAUACAGCAUCGCUUACGGAUUCUAAUUUGUGA